ACCCAUACAAGAUGGCGGUUGACACAAGGACCGACUAGAGAGCUCCUUUUUAGCUGCCUGUAAACCCGACGUUGCUGUCAUUAGGUCACCAUUGCCUCGCCGUUUCUGCUCAUAAAACAAUUCCGCGGCAUAGCAUUACGCUAUGGAAGGGGGGAAACCCACGCUUGCACUUGUUUACCAGGCAGUGCAAGCUCUUUAUCACGACCCGGACCCCGCCGGUAAAGAGCGAGCAUCCGUGUGGCUCGGGGAGCUUCAGAGAUCGAUGUAUGCAUGGGAAAUAUCCGACCAGCUUCUUCAGCUGAAGCAGGACGUGGAGUCCUGUUACUUUGCUGCCCAGACGAUGAAGAUGAAGAUCCAGACGUCAUUCUAUGAGCUCCCACCAGAGACUCAUAUAGCCCUGCGUGAUUCGCUCCUCUCUCAUAUACAGAACCUCAAAGACCUCUCACCCAUCAUUGUCACUCAGCUGGCUCUAGCCAUUGCUGAUCUCGCUCUUCAGAUGGCCUCGUGGAAAGGAUGUGUUCAUACCCUCAUCGAAAAGUACAACAAUGACAUUAGCUCCAUGACAUUUCUGAUGGAGAUCCUGACAGUGUUGCCCGAGGAGGUCCACAGCCGCUCAUUACGCAUCGGAGCCAAUCGCAGGACAGAGAUCAUUGAGGAUCUGGCCUACUACUCCAGCACUGUGGUCACCCUACUGACAACGUGUGUAGAGAAGGCGGGCAACGACGAGAAGAUGCUGAUCAAGGUGUUCCGCUGUCUUGGCAGCUGGUUUAACUUAGGGGUCCUUGACAGUAACUUCAUGGCCAGCAAUCAGCUCCUCAUGGUCCUCUUCCAAGUGCUGCAGAGAGACGAGACCUCCACCAACCUGCAUGAGGCAGCGUCGGACUGCGUGUGCUCUGCACUCUACGCCAUUGAGAACGUGGACACCAACAUGGCCCUGGCCCUUCAGCUCUUUCAGGGCGUUCUCACCCUAGAGACAGCCUACCACAUGGCUGUGGCACGGGAGGACCUCGACAAAGUGCUGAAUUACUGUAGGAUCUUCACAGAGCUGUGCGAGACGUUCUUGGAAAUUACGGUUAGGAGUCCGGGCCAGGGCAUGGGAGACCUUCGGACACUAGAAUUGCUGCUCAUCUGUGCAGGACACCCCCAGUAUGAGGUUGUUGAGAUCUCCUUUAACUUCUGGUAUCGUCUUGGAGAGCACCUGUACAAGACUAACGAUCCAGCAUUGCACGGCAUUUUUAGGCCGUAUAUCCAGAGACUGCUGCACGGCUUGGCCCGGCAUUGCCAACUAGACCCUGACCAUGAGGGAAUUCCAGAAGAUACAGAUGACUUUGGGGAGUUCAGAAUGAGAGUUUCAGAUCUUGUCAAAGAUGUCAUCUUCCUUGUAGGCUCGAUGGAGUGUUUCUCGCAGCUGUAUUCUACCCUAAAGGAGGGUAACCCACCCUGGGAGGUGACUGAGGCUGUGCUCUUCAUCAUGGCCGCCAUUGCAAAAAGUGUAGAUCCUGAGAAUAACCCUACCCUAACGGAGGUUUUGGAGCAGGUUGUGCUGCUGCCGGAGACGGUCCACAUUGCUGUGCGCUACACCAGCAUUGAACUGGUCGGGGAGAUGAGCGAGGUCGUGGACAGAAAUCCUCGCUUUCUAGACCCAGUGCUGAACUACCUGAUGAAGGGGCUGAGGGAAAAGCCUCUGGCCUCGGUGGCAGCCAAGGCGAUUCACAACAUCUGCUCAGUGUGCAGAGAUCACAUGGCCCAGCAUUUCCAGGGCUUGCUGGACAUCGCCCGUGCACUGGAUUCAUUUGCCCUCUCCUCAGAAGCAGCUGUCGGCCUGCUCAAAGGUACAGCACUUGUUCUAGCCCGCCUUCCCCUGGAGAAGAUCGCUGAGUGUCUCAGCGACCUGUGUGCUGUACAGGUCAUGGCCCUUAAAAAGCUUCUUGGUCAGGACCCUAGCAAUGGAAAAACAGCUGACCCCACUGUCUGGCUGGACAGACUAGCCGUCAUCUUCCGACACACAAACCCCAUUGUAGAGAACGGUCAGACGCACCCCUGUCAGAAAGUUAUCCAAGAGAUCUGGCCCGUCCUGUCAGAGACCCUUAACACACACCAGGCCGACAACCGCAUUGUGGAGCGCUGCUGUCGCUGCCUCAGGUUUGCCGUACGCUGUGUGGGAAAGGGCUCCGCUUCACUACUGCAGCCGCUGGUCACGCAGAUGGUUAGUGUUUACCAAGUUUAUCCCCACUCCUGCUUCCUGUACUUGGGAAGCAUCCUGGUAGAUGAGUAUGGCAUGGAGGAGGGCUGCAGACAGGGACUACUGGACAUGUUGCAGGCUCUAUGUAUGCCUACCUUUCAGCUGCUGGAGCAACCCAAUGGUCUGCGGAAUCAUCCGGACACAGUGGACGAUCUCUUCAGGCUUGCCACCAGGUUUGUCCAGCGUAGUCCAGUAACCCUGCUCAGCAGUAGCAUCAUUGUACAUAUCAUCCAGUGUGCUAUCGCCGCCACCACACUGGACCACCGGGACGCCAACUGCAGCGUCAUGAAGUUCAUCCGAGACCUCAUCCACACAGGAGUGUCCAAUGACCACGAGGAUGACUUUGAGGUGCGAAAGCAACUGAUCGGCCAGGCCAUGGACCAGCACGGGCAGCAGCUGGUCACACAGCUCAUGCACACGUGCUGCUUCUGCCUGCCGCCCUACACCCUCCCCGACGUGGCCGAAGUGUUGUGGGAGUUUAUGGUGUUCGAUAGGCCGACAUUUUGCCGCUGGCUGGAGAAUGCGCUGAAGGGGCUUCCAAAGGAGACGUCAGGCGGGGCGGUGACCGUCACACACAAACAGCUCACAGACUUCCACAAACAAGUCACCAGUGCGGAGGAGUGCAAGCAGGUGUGCUGGGCCAUCCGGGAGUUUACCAGAUUGUUCCGAUAGCCGCAGCUGAAGGAGGUCUGCCAGAACACCAGGUUAAAUCUUUUGUUCGGAUAACAUUCAGAGGUGACGGCAAAAAAAAAAAUAACGCUGAGGACUGCAGAUGAGACUCGAAAAGGGAACUCCUGUGGGAAGGACGGUGGGACCUGGCAACAGUUAGAAAAGGCAAACGGACGCAUCGCUCUGGAAACUGGAGUAACGGGGUGAACCGAGACCGCACAGACUGAGAAGAGGAGCCCCCUUUCCCACCUUCGACUCCCUCUACUGCCCCCCCCCUCGACUCACUGUCGUCCUAGCACCAGGUGGCAACAGGUGGACGGGGGUGGGACAGGGGUGGGCCCCCAAAAAGGAGCGCUCAAUGAGCUGAAAUGGAUAAGGAGCUACCAAUGGAGAGAAAACAAAAGGACGUGCCUGGUUGCAAAUCAGAAUGCAUCAAAAGACGUUUUGGGGGGUUUUUAAGAAAAAAAAUGAUUUAUUUUCAUGGACAUGUCUUUAGAACUUUAUUGUGGUCUUUGCUGUCCGUGCCAUAUGAAGAGUGAAAAAGCAACUCAUGUUUGUCUUCGAGUGGCUGCCAAUGCCUCGCGGAGGCAUUUAGAUGGUAGAGGGGGUAAUGCUUAAAGAUUUGGCGUCACCUUUGACCUUUUUAAUAUGUUGGCUGGAAUUUUAGUUGUCCUUUGCCAGAGAGCAAGAGGUAUAAUACAGGUGGUGUAAACUCUGGCAAAAAAAAACAAACAACCCUUUUUUGUUCUUCCAAACUGGUAUCAUCCUGACUUGGGAGAGACAGACACCAUAACAUCAUUGAUGAUGUAGCCUUGUUGUAAACAAUAAAAACUGAGCGGAACAAAUUAGCUUGUUCUAUUUUCACCCAAGUCUCGUAGCUGGUAGCCUUUUGGGUGGGUGUCCAUUUUUGCGUAGGCUACAGUUACACGUGUGUGAAUGUAGGCGAAUGACCAUCGCCUGCCGAGGCGAAAUUCAUACUUUUUUUUUUCUUUCUUUCUGAUUUUCUCCCCAGUUGUAUCUGGCCAGUUACCCCACCCUUCCAAGCUUUCCCGAUCCGGGGAGGGCUGCAGGCUACCACAUGCCUCCUCCGAUACAUGUGGAGUCGCCAGCCGCUUCUUUUCACCUGACAGUGAGGAGUGUCACCAGGGGGACGUAGCAUGUGGGAGGAUCACACUAUCCCCCCCCC